UUUUUUGCGAUAGUGUUAAUAUGAAUAGAUAGGUUUUGGUAUUUUGAGAUUUGAACAUACGUGCGUAUAGUGAGAAGAAUGAGGCGAAAGGGUGUGGGAACGACGGGAGUGAAGAGUUGGAUGGUGGUGUCGGAGACAGGGCAUGCGCGGCUUGAAGAUGUUGGAAAACACUCCAUAAUGCGGCGAACUGGGUUGCCGGCGCGUGACCUUAGGGUCCUCGAUCCCGUUCUCUCGUACCCUUCUUCCAUCCUAGGACGCGAAAGAGCUAUUGUUGUCAACUUGGAACACGUCAAAGCCAUCAUCACUGCCUCCGAGGUCCUCCUCAUCAACUCCUCCAACCCUUUCUUUCUUUCCUUCCUUCAAGAUCUUCACAUCCGUCUUUCCAAUCUAAAUCCCUCCUCGAUGAGCAAUGACAUGGAUGGUGGUUACGAAGAAAAACCUCUAGCGAAUGAUUCCCGAAACGGUUCACCUGUGAGAAUACCUGAGGACUCUGAUGCCGACUUUCUUGUAAGAGCAGAUAGCCUUAAGAGCAGUGCAGAGACUGGAACAGGAACAGGAACAGGAACACCAGCUCCUAAGCCGUUACCUUUUGAGUUUAAAGUACUUGAGGCAUGUAUUGAAUCUGCUUGCAGGUGCCUUGAAUCUGAGACUUCAACACUGGAGGUAGAGGCUUACCCAGCUUUAGAUGAAUUGACCUCUCAACUUAGCACACUCAAUCUUGAACGUGUUAGACAAAUCAAGAGUCGUUUGGUUGCACUCUCCGGUCGUGUGCAGAAGGUAGCAGAUGAACUGGAACAUUUGUUGGACGAUGAUAAUGACAUGGCUGAAAUGUACUUGACGGACAAGCUUAAUGCUCGUUUAUGUGAUCAAACAUCAUUAAAAGAAGGCUACAAUUCCGAAUUUGAAGAUAAUGAUCAAAGUGAUGAAUCAAAUUCAGAAAAGUAUGACAGAUUCCUUUGUCCUAAACUUGACGUUGAGGAAUUGGAGAUGCUUCUAGAAGCAUAUUUUGAGCAGACAAAUGGAAUCUUACAAAGAUUGACUAGUUUGAGUGAGUACGUGGAUGACACGGAGGACUACAUCAACAUAAUGUUGGAUGAUAAGCAAAACGAGCUUCUGCAGGCAGCAAUAAUAUUCGACACCAUAAACAUGAUACUUAAUGCCGGUAUUGUGGUGGUAGGAUUGUUUGGCAUGAAUAUUCAGAUUGACCUCUUCAAUGGUCAACCUCGUCAAUUUUGGGCUACAACAGGGGGUACAUUUGGAGGAUGUCUACUUCUAUUCCUUGUAUGUUUAUGGUGGGGCAAGAAAAGAUAUUUUCUCUCUCACUAGAGGCCAAUUACUUGUAAACACUUUACUAAUUUAUGAG